AUGACCGCCAUCGUGAAUGGCGGAAGUGCAGGGGAGUUACAGAGGAUUCCUCACGGGAAGGAGCAUCGUCACUCCCUCAGUCGGUUGGACGUUAGUACCACCAUGGACAAGAUGGCUCUGGGCGUGCGUUUGGAUGGUGACUUCGUUGCAGAUCCUAUCCUCAGUGGAAGAAUGCAGGCAGCAUAUUGGAUGGAACGUUUGCAUACGGAAGAGAUCUCGGAGAUCGAUGCAACCAACUACAAAGUCAUCACUGCUGGUCAAUUUGACCAACGCUGGGACGGUAAAGAAAAUCGCUCACUACUUGGCGUAUGCCUUAUCGCAACGCGGACUUUGCAUAUUUUCCGAAUAGCCAAACAUGAACACAACAUGGUCGCCACAGUAGAGGCUCGCCUUUCUGCCUGUUCAGUCUGUUCAAUCCGUGCAACCCGCGACGUAAUCCGAGAUCUGUUAAUUGUCAAGGUAGAUGGAAGUCUUGCCCUCCUGACCCAUGGGCUCUAUGAGCUACCUCUGCACGUCACUCUCACCACUGGCCGCGAUAGCUCUAACGUGGAUGUAGAUCCCAACUCUUUACGAAGCCAGACUUAUCUUUCAUCGAGUAAGGCGGCUGUCGCCGUCAAUGAAGCGGUGGAGUCGUCGGUCACGAUAAUGUUUGCAGAUCGCUCACGAUGCCGCGCGACAAUCGACCUCACGCCCCGUGACCUUGCAUCUCGCCAGUGUCUGAUGAUGUUGGCUCUGACGUUACCCUCCGAUCUCUUUUUCGUUCUUCAUCACCGCUAUUUGGUGAAUUGGUCACGGAAAGGUCUAAAUGUGUCUCCAGAAGUAUCUUUCUCCGCAUUUGCUUCAGCGUUAUACGAGACAUUCGGGAUAGACCAGGACACUAGGCCAGUACAACUUCCCCGUACCCGCAUUGACGAUUCGUGGCAAGCCAUGGCACGAACAGCAUCCUGCUUUCGCUUCCGCGAUGAUACUGUGCUACGGAAAUUACAGCUGCCGACGCCCUACCCUAUAUCAAACCCGGUGCUGAAGGCAUCGGCGAAGGCGAGCCGUUAUCUUGGUCCAAUACUUCUGGCCCUGCACAACGUAGCAGAAGAUAUGCGGCUUAUGACGGAUCGGGCACAGGAGCUACUCAGGCUUGUUCCUGUCUUGUGCAGGAUCGCUAUCCUCGUCCGCCCGGAGUGGGCUGACUACUGGAAACGUCUUUGCCCUGAUGCUAUGGACGCUUGGCCAUCGCCAAACGGGGCAGUUGUUGGACACGUCGAUGAUCGCCUUACUGUGUGGCCCGCGGAUGCGUCUGCCAUCCUCUAUGGCCGUAUCAAUAACCCGGACUGGAAUAUAGCGCCUUUAGAUACCCAUCCUAUAGCCCAGUCAUUCAAAAUCUCCCCAUCCUUUGCAUUUGGCAAUGGGGAACCAUUGAUCCUCUUGCGCCAGCUCACCAACGUGUAUAGAUCGCUGGCAGAUAACAAAGUCCUGGAGACCCGGAAGCGCGCCGAGAAUGCCCUUCAAGUCAUGGUGAAGGCGCAUAUAGGCCUCGACGUCAUCCGGGCGCUACCUUUAGGGGUUGCAGCACCGUUCCGAGAGGCUUGUCGAACGUGUCAACUGUCUCCUAGUGGCGAAUGGUCUCUUUUUGCAUAUAAUCUCAUAGGGCGGAAUGACCUCGCGGAAGUCAUGGACGCACCAGCUGACCCACUUAACAACCGAGGAUAUCGAUCUAUCAAAGACUUUAUCCUGCCACCAACGGCUCGGAAAACGAUGCGCCAGCAUAUUGACGAUACAUGCAAAGCAAUCACUGGUGAAUUUAGUGCAGUUUCGGGCGUUGAGAUGGAUUUAGGCGACUUCACCCAGAUACGAUUUGGUCAAGACAGACGCUUGGAAGAGGUAGCACUUAAGGCGAUUGAAAGACCAGAAUUGAGCGAACAUGAUCAAGCCAAAGAACAGCAGCAUCAAGUCGUGAGGUUGGCGGAAAGAACCCUAGCAUUGCCUGUGGGCAGAGCGUUAUUCACUUUUGGCUCUGUACCCACGGUCACUCGCGAGGCGUACGCAAUACCCAAGAUCGAAUAUACGGUUCGCCUUCAGCCACUCAAUGCGUUGAUAACACCGGAGUCUGGCAAGAUUCCACUGGAAUGCACAAACUGGGGCGAAUUCCACAAUGGGGUUGCCGCUGGACUACGAAUCUCGUCAGAGUCUAAUGCUGUAGAAAGUACUUGGAUCAAGUUCAAUAAGCCGUCAGAACUUACCCCCGAGCACGCCGGUUUCUUGUUCGCCCUAGGCCUUACUGGGCAUCUACGUGAAAUGCUGACAUGGCAUACGUUCGGAUAUUUGACACCAAAACACGACAUGACCUCUAUCGGUGUUCUUCUAGGACUCUCAGCAGCCAAUGCCGGAACCAGUAAUCGUCAUGUUACAAAGCUACUCGCUGUGCAUACGCCCGCCUUGUUACCGACCCCAACAGUUGAUUUGAACGUUCCUUUGAUCACCCAAGCGGCUGGUCUGAUGGGCAUCGGCCUUCUCUACAUGGGCACCAAGAACAGGCGCAUGGCUGAGGUCUGUUUGAGUCAAAUUAGCCGCAAGGAUCUAUACCAGCCCGAUGUGAGCAACGAGUAUCGCGAAGCCUACACACUCUCGGCUGCGCUCGCAUGCGGUAUGGUGAUGCUCGGUAAAGGCUCUUCAAUACCUGCUGAUCUGGCAUUCCUUUCACGACUACGUAUCCUUAUUCAUGGCGAAGGUCACACCGUGAUGGAUGGCAAGCAGGCACGCCCAACGUUUGACAUCAAUUUGACAUCUCCAGCCGCGACGAUCACUCUGGGCUUGAUAUACCUUAGAACAGGCAGACAGGACGUUGCGGAUAUCCUCACUAUCCCUGAUACUCUUCUUGCCCUAAAUAGUGUACAGCCGAGCUUCUUGCUUCUACGUGUGCUAGCUAAGGCUCUAAUAAUGUGGGACAAGAUCACACCAUCAAAGGAAUGGCUGACAUCCCAGAUUCCUCAGUCCAUCCUGUCAGCGGUUUCGGCAAGGUUCCGAGGCAAGCAGGAAGAUGAUGCAUAUGAACUAGCGUACUACAAUCUCCUUGCAGGUCUUUGCUUCGCAGUCGCUCUGAAAUAUGCCGGGACGGCAAGAGAAGAAGCAUACUUGUUGAUCAUCCAGCACUAUGACAUGUUUAGUCAGAUGGCAUACACAAAUAGUCCUGCAUUUGACCAUAGAAUCAAGCGUGCAGCAAUCCGGGAUGGACUGAACCUCAUUUCAAUUGCUCUCAACAUGGUAAUGGCUGGUACCGGCGAGAUAAACUGCCUCAGAAGGCUUCGUUAUGCAUACGGGAUGUAUAAUCAACCAAUCCGCUACGGAACCCACGUAGCAACUCACAUGUCUCUCGGCUUAUUGUUCUUGGGUGGAGGCCGUUUUACUCUCGGUACCUCAGAUGCCGCCAUUGCAUGCAUGUUAGCUGCUUUCUUUCCCCGAUUUGUGCAUGUAUCUUCCGACAACAAGAGCUACCUGCAAGCGCUCCGACAUUUAUGGGUUUUAGCGGUGGAACCUCGAUGUUUAAUCCCUCGCGAUGUGGACACAAAAGAGGUCGUCUAUCUGCCCAUCAAGAUCAAGGUUAAAGAAGGCAAAGAGGUUGGCACGACGCAGCUCAUUUCACCAACCUUGAUACCUGACCUUGACAAACUGCUCUCAAUUCGUGUGGAUACUCCCCGGUAUUGGCCAUUCUAUCUAGAUAUUGCGAACUAUCCUCGCCAUAAGGAAACGCUGUUACGGAGUCAGACGCUCUUUGUGAAGCGUCGCACUGCAUUCUUGAGCUAUAGAGAAGACCCGAAAGGCAGCCGUAGUUUAUUUGUUCGGUCUGGCUCCUCCACCGGCGAUGCGGCGACACUCGACUUCCCCCAGCCGAGCAGCACAGAAUCACAUUCAUAUGGCGAAUUACACCAUUUUAUUUCGUCAUUUUCGAACGACGUUCUGUUUUUGGCCUUUGCGGAUCGCUUCUGUCGUGAUGAUGGCGAGACACCGGAAGAGAAGCAGCUGCAAGCAUAUUGUCAUGCCAGUCUUCUGGACAGCAUCCUGCAGGACAAGUCGCAAACAAUACAGACGCACCUCACCUUGUAUCGCUACCGCACCAUGUCGCCCGAUUCACGAUACUUCAACCUGCGCUCCCAGGACCUCCGGUUUGCUACGGAUUUCUACAGCAGGAUUUACGAUCGACGAUUCAGUGGACGAAGCGAAAAUAAUCCUCGGCCGCCGCUGAUUCGAGAAAGUACUCUUUCGGGUGCCCAGUUAGCGUUGGAUCGUCAGUUAGACGACAUCCGCGACACCGACGCUUUCAAAACUUUACUACGACACUAUGUUCGAGGCGAAACCUUACCAAUGCCUCCCGUUGACUCGGAGGAAUAUAAGUAUCACCGUGCCCUGUCGUGGUAUCUCCAACGGAAUAGCGUUCCAGCUGCGCCUAUUCUUGUAAUUUUGAAGUCGUUGGCUCACCAUGCGCACCAGCAAUGUCUGAGUGCACCUCCUCCGAAUGGCACACUCAAUGCGACGGUGCUGGACCAAGGCAUUAGAGAGGUCUUGCAUGCUACAGGCACCCAGAUGACGACCGUCAUGGGGUCGGGGUGGUCUGUACGGUCUCUCGACGAGAUAAUCUCGGCUUGGAAUCCGUCAUAG